AUGCGGGAGAAGGACCAGCCCAAAACAAUUAAUGAACACACUAAAAAUGAGCCUCAGCAGAAUGAGGAGCUGAUCUUGAAAUCUUUACCACCAGCACCAUCACCGAACUUAGAGAAGGCAGAGGCUAAACAAGAGAAUAUAGCUGCAACAAAGGGAGUAGAUGAUGCUAAUAAGAGACCCAGAGCAAUCCCAAGAACCCAAAAUAGGCCUCCCAUCAGUAAUCCAGAAGUAGUGAAGAUCCAGGCCUGGUGGCGGGGCACCCUGGUGCGUAGCACACUGCUGUAUGUGGCUUUCAGGGUGUGGAUCAUUCAGGGCUGGUGGAGGCAUAAGCUGGUGAAGCUGCUUGAGAAUAGGCGGCGGACAGCUCUGGAGAACUUUACACGGAAGGAGUGGGCGGCAGUCAGGCUGCAGUCCUGGGUCCGCAUGUGGCGCAUCCGUUGGCGCUGCUGCCGUUUGCUCAACGCUGCCCGCAUCAUCCAGGCCUACUGGAGAUGCCAAUCCUGCGCUUCCCAGGGUUUCACCAAGGGCCACUACAGAGUCACGGCCAACCAGCUGCAUCUCGAACUCGAGGUCUUGCUGGGCUCAGGGCCUUGCAUUGUGACAGAGUGUAUUCCCCUUCCAAUAAAGCAGUGA